AGAAAAAAAGCUAUUUCUAUAUUUAUUUUUAAAAAAGACAUGAUGAUGAUGGUUCUGUUUGAAAAAAAGAAACAAAACUGAUCGGAAUCUGACAAAUGGCACCGGAGACAGAAGUUUCGCCGAUGGUUAACAAUUUGGAGGCCGGAGAUGACAACAUGACUCACCUGAGCUCCUCCGGGAAGCCACCAAGGAACCUCUCCGCAAUGCGACAUUGCAACAGCACUGCUUGGUUGAUCGAUUCCGAAGGAGAGGAGAGGUUUGGUUUAAAGUCUCCUGAAGGACAAAACUCCACAUGGGAGCCUGUCUUCAGAUCCGGAAGUUGGUCGGAUAAGGGUCCGAAGCGGUCCAUGGAAGACGAAUUCAUCUGCGUGGAUGAUCUUAAAGACCAUAUCGGAUCAUCCACUGGAGCUUUCUAUGGGGUGUUUGAUGGACAUGGAGGUGUUGAUGCUGCAUUAUUCACAAAGAAGAACCUUCUGAAGCUUUUAACGGAAGACAAACACUUCCCAACCAACACCAAGAAGGCCACAAGGAGUGCCUUUGUGAAGACGGAUCAUGCUUUGGCCGAUGCUCCUUCUCUAGACAAAUCAUCAGGGACAACAGCACUCACUGCCCUCAUCUUGGACAAGACAAUGCUCAUUGCGAACGCAGGCGACUCCAGAGCCGUGCUCGGCAAACGAGGCAGAGCCAUUGAGCUGUCCAAGGACCACAAACCCAACUGCACUUCCGAGAGGCUGCGCAUUGAGAAGCUUGGAGGUGUCAUCUACGAUGGAUACCUUAACGGGCAGCUCUCGGUGGCUCGAGCGUUAGGAGAUUGGCAUAUUAAGGGAACCAAAGGUUCGCUAUGCCCGCUAAGCUGCGAGCCUGAGCUGGAGGAGAUUGUGCUGGCGGAGGAAGAUGAGUAUCUUAUAAUGGGAUGUGAUGGACUUUGGGAUGUGAUGAGUAGUCAGUGUGCAGUGACAAUGGUGAGGAGGGAGCUGAUGCAGCAUAAUGACCCUGAAAAGUGCUCUCAAGCUUUGGUUAAGGAAGCACUGCAACGUAAUAGCUGUGAUAAUCUUACUGUGGUGGUUGUAUGUUUCUCGCCGGAACCGCCUCCGAGGAUUGAGAUCCCCAAGUCGCAUAAGAGGAGAAGCAUCUCUGCGGAAGGGUUGGAUCUACUCAAAGGCGUUUUGAAUGAUUUGUGAAGGAACUGAGUGAAGCUGAAAAGGUAAGAAGAGACAUGCAUUAAGUUUUGUUUUUUAAUUUCCUCUUUUGACAGGAAGGACAUAGAUUCCUUUUUUUCCUAAGUUUUGAUUCCAUUAUUCUUUUUGUAAGGAAGCUUUACCCAUUUUUGUACUGUAGAUCUUACCAUAUCUGAAUGAUUUUUUUAAUAUUUGAUUUGAAA